AUGCUGUACUCCGAGCUGCAAGAGACGAGAGACAGGUUGAACGGAUCUCUGUGGAAGUUGAACCAUGUGGAGGAGCUUGUUCGAGAUCUGAUCCCUGAAUUGGGAGAGAUCGUUGUCGAGUUGAAAGCGGCGAAUGAAAGCUUGAGAGAGAGCAAACCCUCUCCUGAGACGUUUGUCGACAUGCUGCAAGACAGGGAGAUUGAGAUGGAGACGAUGAAAAGCAACAUGUUGCAGCUUGAAGCCGAACUGAAAGACCGCCAGUCGGCCUUGGAGGAGAUGAGUUUGAAGAACUCUGAGCUCGAGCAGCGCCUAGUUCAGGAUGCGAAAGAACGGGAUUCGAGUCAGAAGGUGUUGGAUCAGUCACUGACUCACCUGAUGGAGAUGGUGGACAGCCUGCGGGGAGAGGUAGAGCGAGCGUGCCUAGUCUCGCAACGGUCGUUGAAAGCCAUGAAGAUCAAGUAUGACCUGGAGCUUGAAUCUCAGGCUCUGCUGCUAGGUCGGCACGUGGAGAAUGCGAGGAGAGUGCAGCAUGAAGUGAGCAGCUGCGCUUCUUCUUGCUUCGAGAAAGCUCUCGAGUGCGAGAGCGUGCUGAAACAAGUUUGCCAAGUUUGCGCCGACCUCAUGGCAACUCCGAAGUCCGACAUGGCAAGUUCAGGCAAGCCAGGAGACCAGCAGGAAUAUUUGACGCCCAGCACGGAGGAACAUUUGGUUACUUUGAUCACAUCGGGUCUCAUGAGCUGUGUUGUAGACUGGCAGUCAUUGCAGAUAGACAUGUCUGAUACGAUCAGCGGGAUCGAAAAGGACAUGGCAGAGUCUUACGCCGAGUCCAUGUGUUGGAAAGACUCAUCGACAAAGAACAAGCAAAGCCUGGUGCUGCUGGAACAAGACAAGAAGGAGUUGGAAGAGACAGUUGAGGCUCUGAAGCGAAAGCACGGGGAGUAUGAAAACGAGAUGACCAGCCUCCGCGAGGAGAGGGAGGAAUUCUUGCGCGCCGGUAUCGAGAUGCAGCAUCGUGUCGCCCAGCUAAGAGAACAAUCCGCGGAACUGCAGGAGAGGUUGUUGAGCGAGGAGAGAAAAAACUUUGACAUGUACAAGAAAGAUGAAAAUCAGUCUCAAAACGUUAGCAGGUUGCAAGGGAUGAUAAGAGUUGCUGAGAACGAUCUUGUUUGCAUUAGCAAACAAGUCGAGGAAGCUUUGAGCGAGGCCGUGUCAUUGAAAGAGAGUGUGAUAGAUACACAUUCACAGUCAGUGAAUCAGGCUGAUGUGUUAGAAGAAAUCAACCGAGUGCUGCAAGUCAAAGUCAAGGACUUGGAGGAAAACAUCAGAAGAGCGGAAGAAUGCAACAAGGCGCUGGAAGGCGACAAGGCGACAUGGGACGAGCGUGAACGAUCGAUGGAAAGCGAGAUGAUGAUGAUGGAGGAGAAGAUGAAGAUGUUGCAGGGCAACAACCAGACGCUCGUCCAGCAUGUCGAGCUGUUGCAAGAGAGUCUCAGGAGCUUGCAGGACCAGCAGGUCGAUUUCCUCACAAGAGAGGAGAGCCUCGUAUGCCUGCUGGAGGCUGUCAAACGUCAGCUCGCCGAGUCAAACUUCCAACGGAUCCCAGAGACGAUAAUGCAGCGUGAGAGGGGCGAUCUUGCCGUUAGCGAUGGGCGCGGCCGGAUUGAGGUCGCUGCUGGUUUUGUACAAGUGAUGAAUCACUUGAUGGAGAAUCACACGACGCAACGGUCCCUCUAUGAGUCCGAGAUCUGCGAGCUGUCGGACUUGCUGAGGACGAGGAACGAAGAACUUGUGAUCCUCCGUCGCGGCCUCGAGGAAACAUGUAGCGACGUCGCGCAGGCGGUGGGUCAGGUGGACCAGGGAAGGGACGAGCAAAGGAGCGACACGCAGGCAUGCGAGUCCGAGGGGAUGAUGCUGGCUGGGAGGUUGAAUCAGUUGGAACGCGCCAUGGAGGAGCUGGAGCACUCGCUACUUCACCUCCCUGCUCUGAUAGCCAACAGGAAGCAGGAGGAGCUGGGGGCGCAGCUGAGCCCGAGCAGCGCCCGGCCGAUGGCUCGCAUCCGAGACAAGCGUCAAGUACACAGACACAUGGAAGCUGCAGGUCUCCUUCCUCAAGCACGUGAAGAGGAUGCUGAGCCGGCAAGUGACUCUCUGGACCGGCUCCUCCUCCCUCGCUGGGAGGGCGAGGAGGAUGAGAUCGCCUCGUCCCCCUCCCCCUCCUCCCCCGACGGGCAGCGGGCAGCCGUCCAUGCCAGCCUUCCCCAUCCUCGUCUCGGGUGCUCGGCUGUGGUGGUAGGAGGGAGCGUGUUUGUAGCAGGAGGCAUCAGCUCCGACGGAGUGCUCUCGAGCCUGCUGGUGUGGGAGCUGCUGGACGGUAGCUGGCGCUCCCUCCCCUCCAUGCAGCAGAGGAGGAAGAACUUCCAGGUGGUAGCUCACCAGAACCGGAUCUUUGCGCUCGGGGGGGAAGACGAGGACGGGCACGUGCUGUCGUCUGUUGAGAUGUUCGACCUGUCCGCCAACCGCUGGACCUCCUGCCCUCCCUUGCAGCAGCCGCGCUCAGACUUCUUUGCUUGCAGCCACCCGGUCAUGCAGGGGAUGGUGAUGAUCGCGGGAGGAUGGGACGGGGAGGAGAUAUUGAAAUCUGUGGAGUUCUACAUGCUCGAGGGGAGGAGGUGUAAGCCUCGCCUGGAGGAGGAGGAGAUGAUGAGGACGAGGAGGAGUUCAGCUGAGAUGUACGUGACAAGGAAGGGCGGGAAGGUCGAGCAGCAUGGGGAGGUAGAGGAAAGACAGAUGAAGGACGGGGAGGUGGAGGAGAUAGCCAAGGACUUGGACGAUGUGAUCAACGUCAUGGAACGGACGUCGGAGCUGGAUGACCUGUCAUCCUUGCAGGAAGACUUGUCGUUCCUCCUCCUCUCCAUCAGAUCGCUGAGGUCGAUCAGCGGGUGGGAGAGGAUGAUAAGCAAGAUGCUGCUGCGGUCUGUUGUCUGGCAGUUCCUCAACGUGAACAGCAUGGCGAUCGACCAUGUGUUCUCGUGCAGAGGAGAAGUGAUGAUCGCACAAGUCACCUCAUGCUAUGAGAGAGAAGUCUUAGCCAAGUCGCUGAGCGCGGUAGAGGCUGCUGUGCAGCAGGAAAGAUUGUGCAAGUCAGAAAAGAGCUUCGACGCAAGUCAGGAGAAGGAGGAGACGAUGUUUGUAGCACAGGAGCUGAAGAGAGCUGUCAUGGUAUUGGAGCAUGAGAAGCAACAAGCAGAGUGUCUGAUCCGCGACUUGUCGAUGCACAACAAGCUGAUACAGGAGAAGUUGUCUACCGUUGAGGAGAGUCGAGCCCGCGAGGCCAUCGAGAUCGGCAGGACGAAAGAGACUGGGAAGUUUGUGGAUGAGUGCUUCGUCGACAAGUUGGAGGUGAUGGAACAUUAUGUGACAAAAGCAGAACAAGCCAUGUCUCUUUCUCUUCAGCCGAUGUCGCAACUUGUUGAGAACCUCAACACGAAGAAUCUUUUGUGUGAUGACAUCGCGAGGGAUCUGAUCAGAUAUCAAGAACUUACGUUGGAACUCUCUUCAGAGGUCGAGGAAAUUAAGUCGAAAGAGUGUUUGCUCGCGCAAGAAUUACAAGAUUAUCAGCAGCUUGCAAUCGGAAUGGAGCAAGAGUUGAAAGAGAAGGAAAACCUACUGCACAUCCACGAAGAAAGAUAUGAGACCCUUCUCGUGGGGAUGAAGAACAUAGCCUUUGAGUUGUCUUGUAUCAAGCAUGAGAUGGAAGAAGAACACCUCAAGAACGUCACAAGUUGGGAUGAGCUACAAACAAUGAGGCAAAGGUUUCAAAAGACCUUCUCUUUCGAUCAGGAUCUACAACCUCAAUUGAGAAGUAUUGAGGUGUCAAGUGAAGCAAUCAGCUCGCAGCUCUCACAACUUCACUUACUCACUGCGAGGCUGACGACAGAGCGAGAUCAUCUUCGAUCACAGGUGCAUGAGACAACUCGCGCCCUCCUCAAGUUCAAGAGAGCCCUAGCGGUCUCACGAGGAAAGAGCCUCAAGCAGAAGGAGAACUUCCUCUCCACGUAA